UAUAUGUUAAAAUAUAUGAUAUAUAAACACUAUUUAUUUUAGUUUAGAUACGAUUGGCAAAGUGUUGAAUGACCGGAAUUAAUUCAACGACUGUCGCGUAACAAAGGUUCCGCUUCAGACGGACGCUUAAAGUGGGACGCAAAUACAAACAGGACGAAGGCUUAUCCCAGUCGUUCAUGGAAUCACUCAACACCUUCGAGUCCGAGAUGGAGACAGACGGCCAGGGAAGCUACUCGCUGUUUCCAGCUUUGGAAAGCAUUGCAAGCCUGUCUGGAGCUGCGGAGACCCUUGAGAGUGAACCCACCAAUGAAAUUGCCGAGAAACCAAACCUCACCUGGCUUGAUGCUGCGCAGAUUGUCCUGGAGGAAGCUGGACGCCCCAUGCACAUAAAAGAAAUCAAACAGAGAAUCAUUGACAGGGGGCUUGUUCAAUCCAAUGCAAAAUCAAGCCUGGAAGCUGUGAUGUAUCGUGAGACUCAAAAAGGCAGCAGGAGGUUUAAGAGGAUUGAAAACAGAAACGGAGUCUUUGCAUUACUGACUGAUGAGGAGCGGCAGCAGGCUCUGCAGGCCUUCACUUCCCAGGCUUUCCUCGGAUCGCCGCAGACGAGUGCCACGUCCAGCUCCGGCUCUGCUGCCUCUGUGAAUGCCUAUCCGUCACUCUCCGUUUCUUCCGAGCACAAACCCAAGAUGAGGAGAGGUCCACGGAAAACCCAGAGCGAGAAGUACAGACUCAAGUACUUGAGGUUGCGCAAAGCAGCACGGGCCAUGAUAUUUGAAAAUGCAGCUCUCUGCGAUGAAGUCGCUCACAUUGAGGAGAAGUUCCUGAGAGCAAAGGAAGAGCGCAGGUUCUUGUUGAGGACUUUGCUCCAAUACCAGUCUGUGCCAGAGGGCGAGAUCCUCCCAACGCCCAGCUCCAGCUCGCUUCCACCUGUGCCGUCCGUGGCGUUAUCCUCCGGUCCAUCAGGGGCUUCAGGUCUGACCACGACCCACAGCUUCAUAUCAUCUGCCGGAGAGGAAGCACUGCUCAAGAAACCCAAGAAGGAAAGAAAAGAGCGAGGAAGAGAAAACGGAAGAGAAGAAGGUCCGAAAAAGAUUUCAAAAAAGAGGAAGCUGGCAGAUGGAUCACGAAAGCUGGUGCAGCCCAUUCCUCUGGAUUCUUCGGGUCGUCCCGUCUUUCCCAUCGUCCUCGGAGGUUUGACGGUGUACAGCCUGGGGGAGAUCAUCACAGACAGAGUCUUGUUCCACGAUGAGUGCGCCAUCUACCCCGUGGGCUUCUGCAGCACUCGCAUCUAUGCAAGCAUGAAAAACCCCGAGCAGCAGUGUCUCUACACAUGCCAGAUCAAGGAUGGGGGGGCAGGUCCUCAGUUCGAGAUCGUGCCUGAAGAAGACCCGCAGAACGCCAUUGUGGCGUCCUCCGCUCUGAUGUGCCACUCAAACUUACUCAAAACUGUUACGUCUAACAGCUCCAAGUCAGUUACACCAAUUGUGCCGUCGGGCGCAGACUUCUUCGGCUUCUCUCAUCCCACGAUCCAGAACCUCAUCCAGAGUUGUCCCGGAGCGCGCAAAUGCAGCAACUACAGGUGGAUCCGUUUUGACGUGUGUCGUCCCGGCGACGGCCAGGUGCCUCACAGUCUGUCAGAAGACGACGCCUCCGUCAACUUUGAAGCUUUCCUCCGACAUCAGAGCUUUGACGGGAACAUCAAGACGGAGCACAUCUCAGGUCAGACGUCACAGUCGCCAAGUUUUUCCCAUCAGCGGCAGCUCACCUCACCCACCAUGAAGCCUUCAACCUCUUAUUUCAGCUCCUGAGUUCUUCUGAAGUCACAGAAAUCACCAACAUUCCCCAGUGUUUUCCUGUGCAAAUCAUUCAGACAGAAGAUGGAGACAAAGUUGUAUUUUAGAAGCUCCACUCCUAUUUUCAACUCAUGGUUAUCACUGGACUUUAGCAUGUAAAUAAUAAUAAAAUCCUUUCCUGCA